GGCGGCUGGGCGGGCACGCCCCCUCGCCGCGGCCCCCUCUCCGCCUCGCUCGGCUGCUGCUCUCGCUCCCGGGUCAGACGGCCGGAGCGAGAAGAUGGCGAAGACGUACGAUUAUCUGUUCAAGCUGCUGCUGAUCGGCGACUCGGGGGUGGGCAAGACCUGCCUCCUUUUCCGCUUUUCGGAGGACGCCUUUAACACCACCUUCAUCUCCACCAUCGGAAUUGAUUUUAAAAUCAGAACGAUAGAACUUGAUGGAAAGAAAAUUAAGCUUCAGAUAUGGGACACAGCAGGUCAGGAAAGAUUUCGAACCAUCACGACAGCAUACUAUAGAGGAGCCAUGGGAAUCAUGCUGGUCUAUGACAUCACAAAUGAAAAAUCCUUCGACAAUAUUAAAAAUUGGAUAAGAAACAUUGAAGAGCAUGCCUCUUUAGACGUGGAAAGAAUGAUCCUGGGUAACAAAUGCGAUAUGAAUGACAAAAGACAAGUGUCAAAAGAAAGAGGGGAGAAGUUAGCAAUUGACUAUGGGAUUAAAUUCUUGGAGACAAGUGCAAAAUCCAGUACAAAUGUAGAAGAGGCAUUUUUUACACUUGCACGAGAUAUAAUGACAAAACUCAACAGAAAAAUGAACGACAGCAAUUCAUCAGGGGCAGGUGGACCAGUGAAAAUAACAGAAAACCGAUCAAAGAAGACCAGCUUCUUCCGGUGUUCGCUACUUUGAUGAACUUUUUCUGAGAGACUGCAGCACACCUAGAGGACCCUUUCCUGCUUCUCUGAAAGCACAGGUCACCCAGCCUCAGAAUCACACCGCCAGGCUGCUGCUGAGAGCACCACCCAGCCUAGACCUCUCGACACGAACACCUAGUGGAUGCCAGCCACACGGCCUAGCGAGAUAACAGGCUCCUUUUUUCAAACAUGGAAGCAAUGAAAUGGAGACACAUGCAAGACUUGUUUUUCUCUUUGUUUUAUUGCCUUUUGCAGAAGCUGCUAUCUUUUCUUUUUCACUUUGCACAUCAGUGUUAGCCUUUCCCUGUUAUAGCAGUCUUAGACUCUCACAUGCACAUUUUUGUCUCAUAAAGUUCUAGACAAAUUUGUGCUUUGGGGAUGUUUAAAACAAGAGUAGAACAUUUAAAGCAGAGGUCAAUAUAACUAAAAUUAAAGGACAUUUGGUUUGAUGUUAUUAAAGGACAUAUGGCCAGAUGUUAUUACAUUCAUGGCAUUUACUUAAGGGCUCUGAUUUGUGAUUUUCUUAAAUAAGUAUCAUUAAAUUCUGAUAAAAUUUAUCUUAAAAAUUUAUAAAAAUGUCCACCUAUUCAUCAUAGGCUGUAAUUUUUUUAUUUCUUAUUGUUUAGCACUUUGCUUCAUUCUUGACUUUUUAGCCAGAGUCUGGGUAGCUGAAGAAAUCACUUUUCAGUUGAUUCCCUCUGCCUAAUCUAUAAAAACUGCAUUUGGAAAUGACUUUAAUCUCAUUUUUCCUGGGGUUCAUAUUUGCCAUCUUUUCCUAUGUUUGACCUAUUGUAAUCAGUCAGUUACCUAAAACAUAACAUAUUUGACCAUUGUUGUCUGCUUCUAGUUGUGAAUUCUUGAGCUGAAAUUUUACGUGGGCAGAGAGAUGUACCAUUUAGGGUUUUAUUUCAGCGUCUAAUUGUGGUUCCAUCACAUUAACAUACAUGAUAUAUUUUGUCUUAGGUUUACUCCCCAGCUGAUUUAGUUGUAAUACCCAAUUCCUACCACGAUUCCUGUGUACAAGAGUUAACAAGAGUUAAUUUAGAUUUUAAAGCUUACCUAAAGGAAGAGAUAUGACUUUUUAACAUAAAUUUAGUAGAAAUAGCUCUUGGUAAUGGUGAAAAUGACUUUUCGUUCUGUUUUUACUUGGGUUUUUAAAUAAAAUAAGAAUAAAUAGACUUAGUGCAGCCUCUAGGAAAAGUCUUGCUUUUUCAUUAGAGACAAUAUGAGCAAGGUUUCAGUUUUAAAACAGUGCCCAGAAUGGUUGGUUCUACUGUUGAAUGUGUAGAACCCGGUUCCAUCUGUUCAGGUUUGUUGAUAGAGAACUUGGUCCAGUCAUCUGGGCUGAAGCCAACCAAAAGCUUAGCUGUCUUUCUCACCAAACCCUGGAACUGGGAUACCUUUUGUAGAUGAAACCACCACAUAGGAAAAGAAAGGGAUUUAGUGUUAACUGUGUGCCAAAUUAAGGUCAUGAUGUCAUUGCUCUUAUCCUAGCCUUCAGUGUCAUAACACAGGGGAGUAACAAAGAGGUGAUGAAGGAAGUGAAUUCUGUUGAUAAUUAUUCCUCCUCUUAGGCCUGUUUUGUUAAACAGAGUUUACCAUCAUGCUUGAAAUUAAGAAUUGGAAAUGGAAGUGGAAACAGGUUGCUUGUUACCACAGAGAAUUCUGCUUCAAAUUAAGAUGUAUCGUAGGAUGCCUGAACCAUUCAAACUUUUUGAAAACUUAUGCACAACUUAGCUAUAGCAAAUAUAAAUAUUCCAGAGCUAUUUUUGAUGGGUACACUAAACAUUGUUAACAGAUUUUUAAAAAACUUACCUAUAGGCUUAAAGGCAUCUGUUGGUGUCCGAGUUUAAUCACGUGGUUCCUUGCAUGAAAGUUUGUAAGUCUACCAUCUUAAAAUUAGAUACAUCUUUGGAAAUAAAAAAUAAUUUCUUA